GACCAUCUUCAGACACUGAUUUGCAGAAGAUUCUGGAACAGAGAAGCAGCCGAGAGUCUUCAGAUCAUUUCUUAUCUUCUCUAAACUCAGAAAAUCAUCUUUUACCUUCUGGAUGUCCAAGCCUUUCACCUUAAACUUUAAGCUUUAUGUUUCCUGCUUGAUAACAAAUUACCUUCUCAAUCUGUUGUCAUUUUGAGGGGCUGGGGAGCUGAACUCACUAGCUGGCCAGCAUGGCAAAGGGCAGAAUUGUUUUAACUGUUUGCCAGUUGGUGCUAGAAUUGUUAAUGAAUUCAUUAACUGAGUCUUCCAUACAGAGUAACGAAUGUCCACAACUUUGUGUAUGUGAAAUCAGGCCAUGGUUUACACCACAGUCAACGUACAGGGAAGCCACAACAGUUGACUGCAAUGACCUUCGAUUAACAAAAAUCCCCAGCAACCUUUCCAGUGACACUCAAGUCCUUCUGUUACAAAGCAACAACAUUGCAAAGACCACAGAUGAACUCCAACAGCUGUUUAAUUUAACAGAAUUGGAUUUUUCACAAAAUAACUUCACAAGUAUCAAAGAUGUGGGGCUCUCAAAUCUCACUCAACUUACUACUUUGCACCUGGAGGAAAACCAGAUAACGGAGAUGACUGACUACUGCUUGCAAGACCUUUGCAAUCUUCAGGAGCUAUAUAUAAAUCACAACCAGAUCAGCAGCAUUUCUGCAAAUGCAUUCUCUGGCCUGAAGAAUCUUCUGAGAUUACAUCUCAACUCCAACAAAUUAAAGGUUAUUGACAGCCGUUGGUUUGAUUCUACUCCUAACUUAGAGAUCCUUAUGAUUGGAGAAAAUCCAGUGAUUGGAAUACUAGAUAUGAAUUUCAAACCGCUCUCAAAUUUAAGGAGUCUAGUUUUGGCAGGUAUGUAUCUCACAGACAUUCCUGGCAAUGCCUUGGUAGGCUUGGAUAGUCUUGAAAGUCUUUCCUUCUAUGACAACAAAUUGGUAAAAGUUCCUCAGCUUGCACUUGAGAAAGUUCCAAAUUUAAAAUUCCUGGAUCUCAACAAAAAUCCCAUUCAUAAAAUUCAAGAAGGUGAUUUUAAAAACAUGCUCAGAUUGAAGGAGCUUGGAAUCAAUAAUAUGGGAGAACUCGUUUCUGUUGAUAGGUAUGCGCUGGACAACCUGCCUGAACUUACAAAGCUCGAAGCCACCAACAACCCAAAGCUGUCUUAUAUACAUCGUUUGGCAUUUCGCAAUGUUCCCGCCCUGGAGAGCUUGAUGCUCAACAACAAUGCCUUGAAUGCAGUCUACCAAAAGACAGUGGAAUCCCUUCCGAACCUGCGUGAGAUCAGUAUCCACAGUAACCCGCUCAGGUGUGACUGUGUCAUACACUGGAUCAACUCAAACAAAACCAAUAUCCGUUUCAUGGAACCUCUCUCCAUGUUUUGCGCUAUGCCUCCAGAAUACAGAGGACAGCAGGUGAAGGAAGUGUUAAUACAGGAUUCAAACGAACAAUGUCUUCCAAUGAUCUCUCAUGAGACCUUUCCAAAUCACUUAAACUUGGACAUCGGCAUGACAGUAUUUUUAGAUUGUCGGGCCAUGGCAGAACCUGAGCCAGAAAUUUAUUGGGUCACUCCUCUCGGCAAUAAAGUAACUGUCGAAAGUCUCUCUGACAAAUACAAGCUGAGCAGUGAAGGCACCUUGGAAAUCUCUAACAUCCAGGUUGAAGACUCUGGGAGAUACACCUGUGUUGCUCAAAACAUUGAAGGGGCUGACACGAGGGUCGCUACUAUCCGGGUGAACGGAACGCUCUUGGAUGGUACCCAAGUUCUGAAAAUCUACGUUAAGCAAGCUGAAUCACAUUCAAUCUUAGUUUCCUGGAAAGUUAAUUCCAAUGUCAUGACUUCCAAUUUAAAAUGGUCGUCAGCCACUAUGAAGAUUGACAACCCUCACAUUACAUACACUGCUAGGGUCCCGGUUGAUGUACAUGAAUAUAACCUCACGCAUUUACAACCAUCCACAGAUUAUGAAGUGUGUCUAACAGUGUCAAGUAUCCAUCAGCAAACACAGAAGUCCUGUGUUAACGUUACAACAAAAAAUGCAGCUUUUGCGCUAGAUAUUUCAGACCAAGAAACCAGCACUGCCCUCGCAGCAGUAAUGGGAUCCAUGUUUGCUGUCAUUAGCCUCGCCUCCAUUUCUGUUUAUAUUGCAAAAAGAUUUAAGAGAAAAAACUACCACCACUCCUUGAAAAAAUAUAUGCAAAAGACCUCUUCAAUCCCACUGAAUGAGCUCUACCCUCCACUUAUUAAUCUCUGGGAAGGUGACAGUGAAAAAGACAAGGAUGGUUCUGCAGAGACCAAGCCAACCCAAGUCGACACAUCCAGAAGCUAUUACAUGUGGUAACUCAGAGGAUAUUUUGCUUCUGGUAGUAAGGAGCACAAAGACUUUUUUGCUUUAUUCUGCAAAAACGAGAAGUUGAAGACUUUUGUAUUUUUGACUUUGCUAGUUUGUGGCAGAGCGGUGAGGACAGGUGGAUAUUUCAGAAUUUUUUAGUAUAGCGUAUCGCAAUUGUUUGACACAAAUGGCAGCUUCACCUAGCUUCCAAUUCUUUUUUUUUUUUUCCCCCUCCUUUUUUUUUUUAGUUAUUGUGCUAAACUUAAUGCUGUUCUAACUACAGUGCUGAAUAAAAUUAAUGAGAGGCUGGGGUUACCCUGUGAUUCAAAAGUAGCACAACCCCAUUCUUCUGAAGCCAUCAGUAGAGUACAGUAUCUUGCAAAGCUAACAUACAGUUUUGAAACUGCAUUGAACUGGGUUUGUAACUUUGGUCUAAGGACUCAUACACAGAGAAAAGGAGACCUUGAAUGAUGUUAGUUGACUGUACUGUAAUGUUGUAUCAACUGAUCUGAAUGUUUUUGACUUUGAACAAUGAGUUUUCUUUUUUUCUUUUUAUUUUUGUAGUAGUUGAAAAGACUUAGGUAAAGCUAACAGGCAAUAGAAAUAUGUACAUCCAAUUUUUUAAUGUAACAGACUAAAUGUUAAUUGUUCUCUUAUUCUUUUUAUUAUAUUUAGUAGACACUUUUGAAGAAUACUAGACUUUUGUUGUGUUUAAAUCACCAACACAUGGUGUUUAAUGAAGGCAGAGCUAUAAUAAAUUUAGUUUUGUUCUGAUUUUUUAUUUUAGAAGUCACAAUAAUGUAUUGGGUUUAGAUGUCACUAGUUUGACUGGUGAUCAUGUUUUGACAUAAAAUAUAUCCAAAAUGUUAUAUAAAAAUAUUGUGGUUUUUUUUCUUGAUGGAAUUACGUUUCAACAAAGUUCCUUUUUUUUUUUUUUGGUACGCAUUUAUUUUAAUAGUGUUUUUUCUGCACUAUAUGCAAAAUAUUGAAAAUAAUUUAAUCAGAAAAAUGUAUCAGUACGGCUUUUGGACUGUAAGUCACAUGCAGAAUCAAAACUGUUUGGCAUAAGGUACACAGCAAAAAUAAUUCACAGAGGGUGUAACAAAACUUCCUUUUUGUAUAUUUUCUGUUUGUAUUCUGAGCUAAGAUAUAAAUGAAGCUGACAUUUAGCUGUCAUUACAAUCAGUUAGGACAAAAAAAACAACUCAGUGCUACCAAACUGAAAUAAAACAGUUGAAUCCUGGCAUAUACUUAAAAAAAAAAAAAAAAAAAAAAAAAAAAAAGUGAAUUGGGUUAAUGUUCCAUCUAAAGCAGAAAUUAAGAUAGCUAAAACUAACUAGACACUAAUGUUUGGGUCCAAUACUGAACUGUAUUCUUUACAAUUAACCAGUACUCUAAGGAUUUUACUGAAUUAAUAUGGUAAAAGUACAAACUCUCAGAAAGCAGUGGUGUUUCUAUGUGUGCACUGGGUAUGAUAUAAAUGCAUAAUUUACAGUCGAACCUACAGAAGCUUUGUACCUUGUCUUUUCUGAAUCCAUGGAAGUUCUCUGCAGGGACUGCACACAAGUCACAAGCAGGGUGGGUUUCUGGUGAGGUACAUGGUCACACUUACACUAGGUACCUAAUCAGCAAGCACAGGAUUUUCUACACUUUAUGACCCCUAUCAAUGUGCAACUUUUAAAAUGUUUUUGCAUACCAAAUACAUUAUUGGUAAGUAAAAGUUAAUUGUUGGAAUAAUGGAUGUGCCUGUGUCUUGGGGUUGUUUGAAGUUUUUUAACUCGGUAGCGUCUCAAAUAUACCGAAGACCACCCCCCAGAUUUACAGAUAGCUUCUUUUUGCCCUUCAGCCAGCUGCCUAAAAGUGGAAAAGUUAUCAGCAUAGCUUCACUAAUAAGCUGCUUUGGUGCAAAAACUUCAGUACGUCUCUUAGAUGCCUGCCUUGUUGAUCUUGCAUUUCAACAUAAAGCCAAGUGAAGCAAUUAAUUAUGCAUUUAAAUGAAGUACUUAUGCUGCUGUACACAAUCUUUUAUAUGUUCAUGAGAUCUCAUACAUUUUUAAUCAUGUGACAAUUAGAUGUUGGGAUUAGGGCAAGUGUCUUUUGAUCAUGGAGAAGUAACAUGGUGCAAGCAUUUAUUUGUCACCUUCUCCUGUAUUUGUUUCUGAUGUUAAUGGAAAAUUUCCUCUUGCCUUCUUCUCCAGAAGAACUUCAGAGCAAUAAUUAUCAUCUUGUCUAUAUGCUAUUCUGACCUUAAAACUGCCUCUAUUGUUAUAGCAGGCGUGGUGUAUUAAAACUGAGAUCUCUUAUGCUGUGAACAUUCAUUCACUCUACUUUUUUCAGAGAAAAGGACACUGAGGACAAGGUUGACAGCAAAAUUAUGGCUUCCAACUUACAUGACAUCAUAAAAUCAUCUUUAGAAAAUAAUUAAUUGAACAGGUGUCAGAUGGUGCAGCGUGAGCUUCCUUCUCCAUCAUCUCAGUUUCCUGCAGCACUUGUAGAGCUAUACCGUAAAUACUCAGUAACAAAAAUCCCGUGAAGCCCACGGUGCUCUCCCUGCACCUCCCAUCAGACUUGUGGAAGAACGCAUCACUUUGGGUCCAAGGUGCUGGCUCAUUGUUCUCUGUAAGCUAACCUAAGCAUGGGGUUGUCCUCCAGAACAGCCAUCCUGCUCUUCCUCCUCCCUGUCCCCACUCCCCAUCCUCAAUUACAAGUUUGAGAUCUGUCUGCCUCCUGAACAUGCUCAUACCAACCAGUGCCUGCUGGUGCAGACAGACCACACCGAGGCCUUUGCUCUGGUGCGUAUGUGGCUUGGAUGUGUUUUCACCUGGAUCUCCUGCAGUUCAGGCAGUUUCAGAAGCACUGUCAAAAAAGAAGGUGGCAGGGACAUGUGGCCACAGAGGAGGACAAAGCAGCACUCACAGUUUGAUCGGCAACCGCCAACAGCAGCGGGGGGGCACAGGAAGGGAAGCAAUGUUUAGCAUGUUCCUUUCCAAUGGGGAAAUAACAGGCCUUCUGCUCCCUGCAGAUCUGUUUGGCAGUUUGAUGUCAUUCGUUAUCUUAUUAGAGCAAUGCUGGUGAAGAAGAGCAGGAGAAAGUGGCCAUAUGACAGCCAUACACUUCUCCAGGAUGCACUGAUCCACAGUAUUUCAGGGUAGCUGAUGUUGCUGGGAGAGAUGCAUGUUACCUGAGACCAGCUGAGCAGCAAGAACCACCUAGUUACUGCAAUACAUUCUGCACACACAGCCACCAGUCAUAACUAUUUUCAGCCAUGUAAUCUGAUCCCUUAGAAAUCUGUGCAGAUCCCCUGGAAAUUUAAAAUUUUGCUAAUAAGAGAAAGUGGGUAAGAGAUUAAUCAUAUGUGACAUAUAAUCUUAGUAAAUAACCUUCAAACUUGUGCUAGCAAUUUUGUGCUUGCAGUUUAUUGUGAGCAAAAAUAAAAAUGCCUAAUUGCCUUCAAAAUGUAUUUGCAUCUACUAUUCACUGACGAUGAAAACACAGCCCCUGUUUGCUCAGAAACAGAGAUUGAGACUGGCCACUUCGAAACAGUAUGUGAAAAAACAUUAUCUUUCAUUCGGCUAACAGUUUAGAAAUGCUGUGUAAGAGUAGAUAUUUCAUACCCAGCUAAACUGCUGCAGCGUUACUUCCAGUUGGUUGCCUAAUAAUAAAAUAUUUCAGUCCCCUGAAGAGAACAUAGCUCACUCAAGUGUGGUAUGCAGUAUUCCAGCUAAAUCCACUUUUCAUUUCCUCACCUAAAUCAUAACAUCCUAUUGGAUCGAGAGAGGAUAUUUUCACCCAUGAACCAAGACUCAUGCUGGACAUGGUCUUGGAAUAAAGUGCAUAAAUACAUGGAUACGCUCACAGAGCUACGAUCUGCCUUCCAGCUCUGCCUCAUGAAUACAUACUCAUUUAGUUACUAAAAGAAGGUUAUGAAAAGGCCAACAGUUUGGAGCACUGAUUUCAUAAAUGGGUUAAAAGUUGAAAUAGGUCAGCAAACCUGAGAUCCAGUGGCCCUACUGCCACUGACAAGCUGGGACCUAAGUGAUAAAAGGAGUAUCUUUUUGAGUUCUGAUUAGGCAACUCCUUUUGCUUUGUGCUGGCAACCUUGAAAACGAGACCGAGAACAAACCACUGCAAUGAAAUUCCUGAAAUUAAGUGGGAUAAGCAGCUGGGGGCUACUUCUGCAACAUCUCCACCUCAGCUGACGCACCCUGUAUGGGAACAGGACGGUUCACUUGGGGCAUAUCUAAUCAUCUCAGCACCCUGCAAAGCCUCACGAUGGAUGUGUACAUGAUGGGCAAGCCCUGGUGGAAAAGCACACAGGGGCGUGGGAUCAGUGCCGGAGGAGCUGUUCCACAACCCACUCAACGCACUCUGAGUAGCUGUUUGUUACACUGUGAUCCUGCACCACGACCCACCGCCCAAAUGAACAUCAUGAAUUUCUGCUGCAACUGGAAUUUGCCUUCUCACGCUCACCGUGCCAACCACCGCAGCCCCCGCGCCCACAGCUAUGGAAAACCCAAGACCAAAGGGCAAGGUGAACGUGCUACCAUUGAGCUUCUUUCUUCAGGAAAACCCUGAGUGCCUGAGCUGGAGAUAGCAAAUGCUGUUACCCAUGGCCCUUGUUAAAAUACCGGCACUGUGCCCCUGCAAAAAA